AGAUUCAACAAACGUGUACAUGAAAUAAAAGAUCGAUUGCAACCUCUCUAGAGUGCUAUUUGUUUAGUAUUUUUAGAUCUUCCCUGUGGCUGCUGCUAGAAGAGAGAAGAGAAUAGAGAGAUGAAGAGCUGAACACUUGCAUGCAAUUGUGAAAGAAAAAGAUGCAAACUUUCUCUCUCUGUGUGCUUCUCUCUCAAACUUAGCACCAGUUCAAAAUAUUGUGUUCAGAGAGCAAGCGAGAAACUCAGAAAGAAAAAGGGGUUUUAGUUUUAUAGGGAUUAAAAAUCUAAUCUUUUAUGUACAUAUACUGAACUCUUGAACUUUUGUAUUUCCAAUUCUGGUUCUUGAAUAUCGAACAAGUUAGGUUGAGUAAAUCAUUGUGUGGGAUUGAGUUGGGUUUUCAGUGUGGAAAAUUGAGUUGUAGACACGUUGAACUUUUGGAGGUGGAUUAUGUAUCAAGAUUUGGAUCUGAAUCAAUUGAAUAAGCUAUUCUGAAAAAAGAAGAGAAAAUGGAAUCUGGGUUGGAAAUCGAUGAUGGCAAUGAAACUAAGGGAGGCAUGUGGGUUUUGGACCAGAAGCUUGAUCAGCCUAUGGAGGAGGAGGCUGGAAGUCUUAGAAACGUGUAUAGAGAAAAGAAAUUCUCGUCUAUAUUUCUGUUGCGGCUUGCAUUCCAGAGUCUGGGAGUAGUGUAUGGAGACUUGGGAACAUCUCCAUUGUACGUAUUCUACAAUACUUUUCCCAAUGGGAUAGAUGAUACAGAGGAUAUUAUUGGUGCUCUUUCAUUGAUUAUCUAUUCGCUUACGCUAAUACCUCUCCUCAAGUACGUUUUCAUAGUGUGUAGAGCAAAUGACAGUGGUCAAGGGGGCACCUUUGCACUUUAUUCAUUACUUUGUCGACAUGCCAAAGCCAAAACAAUCCCCAACCAACACCGUACAGAUGAGGAGUUGACAACUUACAGCCGUAGCACAUUCCAUGAGCUUUCAUUUGCGGCUAAAACCAAGAGAUGGCUGGAGGCGAAUACAUUUAGAAAGAAUGCCCUUCUUAUACUAGUACUUGUUGGCACUUGCAUGGUUGUUGGGGAUGGAAUUCUCACUCCUGCUAUAUCAGUUCUCUCAGCUUCUGGUGGGAUUAAGUUGGACCAUCCGAAGAUGAGUAAUGAUGUUGUUGUAAUUGUUGCUGUAGUCAUAUUAGUAGGUUUAUUUAGUAUGCAACACUAUGGUACGGAUAAAGUUGGUUGGCUGUUUGCACCGAUUGUGCUGCUUUGGUUUCUCUUAAUUGGAGGUAUUGGCAUCUUCAACAUAUGCAAAUAUGAUAGUUCUGUUCUGAAAGCCUUUUCACCUGUUUAUAUAUAUCGAUACUUCAAAAGAGGAGGAAAAGCUGGUUGGACCUCUCUCGGAGGAAUCAUGCUCAGUAUCACAGGGAUAGAAGCGCUUUUUGCUGAUCUUGCUCACUUUCCUGUUUCGGCUGUACAGCUAGCUUUCACAGUAGUUGUGUUUCCUUGCCUUCUUUUAGCCUAUUCUGGACAAGCAGCCUACCUCACGCAAAAUAAGGAUCAUGUCAUUGAUGCAUUUUAUCGUUCUAUACCAGAUGGCAUAUACUGGCCAAUGUUCAUUAUUGCAACACUAGCUGCUGUUGUGGCUAGCCAGGCCACCAUAUCAGCUACUUUUUCAAUAAUCAAGCAGGCCCUUGCACUUGGCUGUUUUCCGAGAGUCAAAGUUGUACAUACAUCAAAGAAGUUCCUCGGACAGAUAUAUAUUCCCGAUAUGAAUUGGAUCCUUAUGAUUCUUUGCAUCACAGUCACUGCUGGAUUCAGAAAUCAAAGCCAAAUUGGCAAUGCUUAUGGUACCGCAGUUGUGAAAGUCAUGCUCGUGACCACCCUUCUCAUGACGUUAAUAAUGUUACUCGUUUGGCAUUGUCAUUGGAUUCUUGUCCUGAUUUUCACUGGCUUAUCGCUGGCGGUGGAGUGUGCAUACUUCUCAGCAGUGCUGUUCAAGGUCGAUCAAGGUGGUUGGGUUCCCCUUGUGAUUGCUGCUGCCUUUCUUGUCAUCAUGUAUGUCUGGCACUACGGUACAGUCAAGAGAUACGAAUUCGAGAUGCAUAGUAAAGUCUCCAUGGCUUGGAUUCUAGGGCUAGGUCCCAGCUUAGGGCUGGUCCGAGUGCCAGGGAUAGGACUCGUGUACACGGAGCUAGCAAGUGGGGUACCGCAUAUUUUUUCACACUUCAUCACAAACCUACCGGCUAUACAUUCAGUUGUAGUCUUUGUGUGUGUGAAGUACCUUCCAGUGUACACCGUUUCCGAAGAAGAGAGGUUUCUUGUGAAACGAAUAGGCCCAAAGAACUUUCACAUGUUCCGUUGUGUUGCAAGGUAUGGUUACAAAGACCUUCACAAAAAAGACGAUGAGUUUGAAAAAAAGAUCCUCGAAAAUCUCUUCACUUUUGUUCGGCUGGAAGCUAUGAUGGAAGGGUGUUCUGAUUCAGAAGAGUACAGCUUAUAUGGACAGCGAACGCAGCGGUCAAGAGACUUCUUGCUGAAAGAUAAUGCUCACACUUCUUCCUCUGAUAUUGACCUCACAAUCUCAACAGUGGACUCAAUCGUGCCUGCAAAAUCUCCACUGCAUGCUAACAACACGAUCCCAUCAUCAGGGCGAGAAAGCAGCCAAACAGAAGUCGAUGAGUUGGAGUUUUUAAGCAGUUGCAGAGAUACCGGAGUGGUGCAUAUACUUGGGAACACAGUGAUUAGGGCAAGGAGAGAUUCUGGGAUUCAUAAGAAAAUUGCCAUUGAUUAUAUAUAUGCAUUUCUUAGAAAGAUAUGCAGGGAAAACAGUGUAAUUUUUAAUGUUCCACAUGAAAGCCUUUUAAAUGUGGGACAGAUUUUCUCCGUGUGAAAUUUUUGACAAGGGAUUUAUAAGAUUGGUAUUUUUGUCAUCUCAAUGAAGAUCAAAAAAUUUGAUGUGUAAUAUUCACACACA